AUGCGUCUCUCACGGAAACGCUGGACUAUUUGCACAAUAAGCAUCCUGGUGAUCUUCUACAAGACGAAAGAAAUAACUAGAAGUGAAGAACAUCAGGAAGCUCAAGUCACUGGUGAACUCGGCACUUCAAGACUUAUGGUCAAUAGUUCGGAGAAAAGCAGCAGGAGUGGUGUGUCUUCCUUUUUCCAGCACUCGGUCGAAGGAUGGCGGGUCAAUUCGUCACUAGUUCUCAUGAUAAGGAAGGAUGUCCUGCGUUUCCUGGAUGCUGAGAGGGACGUUUCGGUUGUGAAGAGCAGUUUCAAACCAGGCGACACUAUCCACUACGUCCUCGACAGACGCCGGACGCUCAACGUUUCCCACACGCUUCACAGCCUGCUACCGGACGUCUCUCCACUCAAAAACAAGCGCUUCAGAACGUGCGCGGUUGUGGGCAAUUCCGGUGUGCUUCUCAACAGCGGAUGUGGCAAAGAAAUCGACAGCCAUGACUUUGUGAUACGCUGUAACCUGCCGCCGCUGUCCGAGUUCGCCGAGGACGUUGGGCUGCGGUCCGACUUCACCACCAUGAACCCCUCUGUCAUCCAGAGGGCGUAUGGCGGCCUGAAGAACGCCACGGACACGGAGAGGUUUGUCCAGCGCCUGCGGGGGCUCAACGACAGCGUUCUGUGGAUCCCGGCCUUCAUGGUGAAGGGAGGAGAGAGGCACGUGGAGAGUGUCAACGAGCUAAUCGUCAAGAGGAAGCUGAGGGUGAGGACGGCCUACCCGUCACUGAGGCUCAUCCACGUGGUGAGAGGGUACUGGCUGACAAACAAGAUCAAUAUCAAACGGCCCAGCACCGGAUUGUUGAUGUACACUUUGGCCACGCGCUUCUGCGACGAGAUUCACCUGUAUGGAUUCUGGCCCUUUCCGCGGGACGCACAUGGAAAUAUGGUGAAGUACCAUUACUACGACAUGCUCAAGUAUCGAUACUUCUCCAACGCAGGCCCUCACAGGAUGCCACUUGAGUUCAAAACGCUGAAAAUGCUGCACAGCAAAGGAGCUCUGAAGCUGACGACUUCGAAGUGCGAAUCUUAA